ACGAAAGGCAACAAGAUGGCGUCAAACUUGGAGCAAUUUUCGGAGCUGGAGCUGUCGAAGGAGGAUCGUGAGCAGAUCUUCGACCCUCCGUUGGAUGCGCCCAAAACACAGAAUGGUGCCAGUACAACGGCCAAAAUCGUCAUCAGUGGUAUACCGCAGCACGCCAAGUUUGACGACAUCGAACCGUUGCUGAAACCUUUCGGCAAGGUGGAACACUGUGAGGCGGGUACUAGCAAAGACCCUAAUACGCAGACCGUCCAUAUCACCUACGAGAACCACGAUCAAGCACAAAGGGCGGUGGCCGGUCUAAACGGUGUCGAUUUCGAAGGUUCGAAGCUGCUGGUGGAACUCUCGGAGGCGAACAAACAGGCCCGCCGGGCGCAGCGUAACCGGUCGCAGUACGGCGCAGGCAUGCCGGGCGGUGGUGGUCCCGGUCGCCAGACCGACUUCCCGCUGCGCGUGUUGGUGCAGAGCGAGAUGGUCGGUGCGAUCAUUGGCCGGCAGGGCAGCACGAUCCGGCACAUUACCCAGCAGAGUCGGGCGCGUGUCGACGUGCACCGGAAAGAUAACGUGGGGUCGGUCGAGAAGGCGAUCACAAUCUACGGCAAUCCGGAGAACUGUACGAUGGCGUGCAAGAAGAUCCUCGAGGUGAUGCAGCAGGAAGCGAACAGCACGAACAAGGGUGAGAUUUGCCUGAAGAUCCUGGCACACAACAACCUGAUCGGGCGCAUCAUUGGCAAGAGCGGGAACACGAUCAAGCGGAUAAUGCAGGAUACGGACACGAAGAUUACGGUCAGCUCGAUCAACGACAUCAGCAGCUUCAAUCUGGAGCGCAUCAUUACCGUGAAGGGUACGAUCGAAAACAUGUCCAAGGGCGAAAGCCAGAUCAGUGCCAAGCUCCGCCAGAGCUAUGAGAACGACCUGCAGGCCUUGGCGCCCCAGAGCAUCAUGUUCCCGGGACUGCACCCGAUGGCAAUGAUGUCGACCGCUGGAAAUGGUAUGGGCUUCACCGGGCGUACUGGUGGGGCGGCCGCAAGCAGUGGCAGUGGUGCCGGUAUGUAUCCCGGCUCGAACUUCCCAAUGUAUCAACCACCGGCAGGCGGACCGGCCGGUGUACCGCCUGGCUCGAGCGAGGUGCAAGAGACUACCUACCUCUACAUCCCGAACAAUGCGGUGGGUGCGAUUAUUGGCACCAAGGGAUUACACAUCCGGAACAUUAUCCGGUUUUCCGGCGCUUCCGUGAAGAUUGCACCGCUCGAGGCGGACAAACCGCAGGAACAGCAAACCGAGCGUAAAGUUACCAUUAUCGGCACACCGGAGGCCCAGUGGAAGGCGCAAUACCUGAUCUUUGAGAAGAUGCGCGAGGAAGGUUUCGUGUCCGGAACGGACGAUGUACGGCUAACGGUGGAGAUUUUUGUGCCAAGCGCACAGGUGGGCCGAAUCAUUGGCAAGGGUGGACAGAAUGUGCGUGAGUUGCAGCGUGUCACUGGCAGCAUAAUAAAGCUACCGGAACAUACCGCUAGCGCGCCUGUGGACGAGGAAACGACAGUACACAUCAUCGGUCCAUUCUUCAGUGUGCAAUCGGCACAGCGGCGUAUUCGUACGAUGAUGCUUGCGACGAAUCCGCCCCCGGUCACCAAGCGACAGUCGUCACAGAAAGCGAAGGACCAGACGACGGGCGGUGGGCCAGCAACGCCCGCUGCCGGUGCAACUGCAGCCACUACUACUACUGCCACCGUUGCCGCUACUACCACUCCUCCCCAGCAACAGUCGUCCAGUACAAGUGCGUAAUCAAAAUGUUCUUCUGCGCCGGAAGACACCGUUCGGGAGUGAAUAGAAAACCAGUGGCAACAAUAACAAUAGUAGCAGCAGCAGAUCUUCAACAACAACAACAACAACCA